GUGAUACAAAACAAAUACAAAAAGGUGCAAAAAACCAAAAGUGAUCUAAACCAAGUAUCUACGCCGUGCCGUACAAUUGUACACACAUAUUAGCAUACACACCACAGAGCAUAACGUUAAGUUUUGGGCUUUGCAUCAGCAUCCGGUUUCGCGUCGACGAGCAAGCAAAGUGAGCGGAAGAUUCAUCUCGCCGCCUCCAGUCUAUCGCAGCCAAAAAAUCGGUUUUACGUGUCCGCGUGUCGGGAAGGACGUUUAAGUGCAAUCGACGAACGAAAAGAAAAUAUACUGUUGCUGUACUUCGAGCACUGCGUGUGAGAGUGUGUUUGGGCCUGUGACGACGGGUGCAAGGAAAGGUUAAGCGCGUGUACCAGCAGACAGGACGGAACAUAGCCGUGUGGACGCAACGUCGAAUCGUUUGAAAUAAGCAUCAAGACAAUCACGCACCGAGCGGGCACAUUUAUGUGCAACCAAUCUUAAACACGUUGGGUAGAGGCCAUGAUGUCCUGCCCCCUUCCAUUACCAUUGCCACUACUUCCACCAGCACUGCACGCAGAUUUCCCUCCGGUGCACAUCGGAGUUAAGCGAGGAAGCGACGAACUACUUAGUCAAGCAGCUGUUAUGGCUCCAGCGUCGGACAACAACAAUCAGGAUCUCGCCACCAAGAAAGCCAAACUGGACAGCACGAACACAGUGAUCGGUAUGGGCAUCACGAAAACGUCGCGUGUGGUGCAUAUUCGCAACAUCCCGAACGAGGUGAGCGAAGCCGAAAUCAUACAGCUGGGACUUCCGUUUGGCCGUGUCACGAACGUGCUGGUGUUGAAGGGCAAGAAUCAGGCAUUUAUCGAGAUGGGUGAUGAGACCGCUGCCUCGACAAUGGUAAGCGUGUUCCACGCCAAUCCGCCACCGCUGAGAGGUCGUACGGUUUAUGUGCAAUACUCCAACCAUCGGGAAUUGAAGAUCGAUCAAAACCAUGCGAUUGCGAACGUAACCAACGCACUGCAGGCACAGGAUCUCACGCAGUCACCGACCGGAUCGCCGUUGCCGCUAUCGAUCGAACAUACCAACAGCAACUCGCAGAAUGCAAGCAGCAACAACACGAACAACAGCUCCACGACACCGAGCAGCGGUGGUGGUGGUGGUGGCACUGGCGCACCCAACACCGUACUACGAGUAAUCGUCGAAUCGCUACUGUAUCCGGUUUCGCUUGAUGUGCUGCAUCAGAUAUUCCAGCGGUUUGGAAAAGUGCUGAAAAUUGUCACCUUCACCAAAAACAACUCGUUCCAGGCCCUGAUACAGUACCCGGACGCGCUGACUGCUCAGAAUGCGCGAACCUCGCUGGACGGACAGAACAUCUACAACGGUUGCUGCACACUGCGCAUCGAUAACAGCAAGCUGACGGCACUGAACGUGAAGUACAACAAUGACAAGUCGCGAGACUACACGAACCCGUCGUUGCCGUCCGGUGAGCCGGGCAGCGACGUGAUCGCUAGCGCCGGUGGACUGGUGUCGGCGAGCGAUCUGCUGCUGUUGGCCGCCGGUCAACGGCCCCAGCUGUCCCGCGAUCGACUAGUCAAAUUAGACAAAUCUCCCUAUUUUCUAGUGAACGGCUUAGCGACGCCGGGCGUGAUGCCACCGUUUGGCCUGGGGCUCGGUACGCCGGCCCUGGCGAGUGCCUACGGUGGCGCCCUGCCCAGUCUGAAUGCGUUUGCGCUCGCGUCGAACGGUGCACUCGGAACGCCGAACCCGGCCAACGUGCGAGGACUCUCGAACGUGCUGCUCGUUUCCAAUCUCAACGACGAGAUGGUCACGCCUGAUGCUCUAUUUACCCUCUUUGGAGUGUAUGGUGAUGUACAACGUGUAAAGAUUCUCUACAACAAGAAAGAUUCAGCAUUGAUUCAGAUGGCUGAACCCUACCAGGCGUAUUUGGCUAUGACCCAUUUGGACAAGCUCCGUAUCUGGAACAAAACGAUCCGCGUGAUGCCGAGCAAACAUCAGGCGGUACAGCUGCCGAAGGAAGGCCAACCGGACGCUGGGCUGACCCGCGACUAUGCACAAAACCCACUGCAUCGAUUCAAGAAACCGGGCAGCAAAAACUACCAGAACAUCUAUCCACCAUCUGCUACACUGCAUUUAAGCAACAUUCCAGCAACCGUAACCGAGGAUGAAAUUAAGGAAGCUUUCACCAAGAACAGUUUUGAGGUUAAGGCUUUUAAAUUUUUCCCGAAGGACCAUAAGAUGGCGCUGAUACAGCUUAGUUCGAUCGAGGAAGCGGUCUGCGCACUGAUCAAGAUGCACAACUACCAGCUGUCCGAAUCGAACCAUUUGCGCGUCAGCUUCUCCAAGUCCAACAUCUAACUGCGAGCGCCCGCGUAUGCGAGCGCCAAACACGGUACAUCGCCGGUACAGCAGCUGCCAGUAGUAGUUCCACCCGCUCCCCCGACAUCGAUCCCGAACGCGCCCACCACCCAUUCAUCGGCCGACCAGGUAUCGGUCAGUGACGAAACCACCGUUGUUACAUCAAUCACAGCUACAGCAACAGACACAAUUACCACCACGACCGCGGCCAACGAGAACUCAUCGUUACAAUUAUCUCCCUCCUCCUCCUCAACGAUGUCAUCAUCCUCCUCCAUAACAACAACAACAACAACAACAACAACAGCGACCUCGGCAUGAUCGCAGCAGGAGCAGCAGGAACCAAACGGACGGAAUCGAACGAAUCUGAUGCUCUCACCUGCUCGACUAUAACUUGGCGUAGGGGGCGUAGGAGCAAAAAGAAUGACGAUAACACUGGGGUACCCCCGAAUGGGUCCUGGCCAAAAUGCGUUACAAGUAGCCUAAACGAGUGUGAAGGACGUACGAAGGAAACAAUUUUGCAUUAUCAUAAACACGUAUAUAUCCCGUAUCCCGUCGUGUAGUGUGUAGUGUGCCGCUUUGUUUACUGUACAGUAAACGAAGAGGGAAUAUAGGAAAAGGAAAAGGAAGAAACAACUGGAAACAAAUGUUUUAUCGAACGCGAAGAAACCCCACAUUUUCGUAUCCGUAUUCGUGCACAGCUGCACAAGCAAACAUAGGAUCGAACAAGAGCGAUAGAUAGCAGAGAGUGCAGCGUGCACGUAAGCAAGAAACCCUUUUCAAUCGGGGCACAAGAAUCUGGCGUUAGGAGCAAAUUGCAAACAAGAUAAAAAGUGGCCACAAAUUUUCCCUUAUUUUUCUGUUUUUUUUUUUUUUAGAGGGACACACACAUACAACCGUAGAGACAAGUUACUAUUUGAACAUGAUUAAAAAGUAAGGUGUAGAAUGUUAGUAGCGAAACAUCUGAUGUUGUACUAUCAUUACAGGAACACAGGUUGAUAGGAGGAAGCGUGGAGCAAAACCAUACACACACUUAUAUAUAUAUAU